AUGAUGAUGAAGCUACAGGAUUGCAGCACCACACUCAGAAGUCUGUCUAUUCUGAGUAGGUGGGUGAAUUUGAAUUUGACAAAUUUACUAGGCUCUGGCCACAAUUACCCAAGUCUCACUUUUCUAGACAUAUGGUAUUGUGAUGGUCUAGAGUCGUUUCUCCAUGGAGGCUUGUCCACACCAAAUUUAACACAUCUAACAAUCUUAGGCUAUGAACAUCUCAAGUCCUUACCCGAUCGAAUGGAUCUACUUUCGUCCCUGUCAUCCCUGUGCGUGUCUUAUUGUGCUUCAUUAAUGGAACUCUUUCCCCAAGAGAAUAUUCCCCCAAAUCUGUCUAAGCUGAAUGUCACAUAUUGCGGGAAACUAAAGCCCCUGGGGGAGUGGGGCCUACACAAACUCACCUCUCUUACAUACUUCAAAUUUGGUGGAUGUCCAGAGCUGGUUUCCUUCAGUAACAAUGCUGACGAAGAACACUGUGUGCUUCCUCCAUCUCUAACUUCAUUGUGGUUGAUGAACCUGCCAAAUCUGGAAAUACUAUCGAAGGGCUUCCAAAACCUCACAUCUCUUCAAAAAUUAUACAUCCACGAUUGCCCAAAGCUUGGGGCGCUGCCUAUGGAAGACCACCUUAAAAAGCUUUUGAGACUUGACAUUAUUGGCUGUCCACUUCUUAAUAAACGGUGUUUGAAGAACAAAGGAGGCUACUGGCCCAUCAUUGCGGACAUUCCCGACGUCCAAAUUGAUUAA